CGGGCCGCGCCGAGCGCCGGGCACCAACGUGGAGCGCCGCGGCCUCACCCCGCCGGGCGUCGGGCGGGCGCGCACGGGCCCGGCUCCCCGCCGCUGCUAGGCGGCCGCGCUCGCUGCCCCGCGCCAGGGGCGGCAGGGAGGCCGCUGCCCCGAGCUCACCGGUUGGCCCGGGCCGGCGCUGCCCCCGCUCCCCCUCUCCUCGCCCCGCCGGUGGGAGCGGCCGCCAUGGCGGAGACCGAGGAGAGGAGCCUGGACGACUUCUUCGCCAAGCGGGACAAGAAGAAGCGGAAGGAGAAGAGCAGCCGAGGCGCCGCCGCUGCCUCCAGCGCCUCCAGCGCCGCCUCCAGCGCCGCGGGGGCGGCCGCGGCGGCCGGGGGAACCCGCCCGGCUGACGGCGGCGGCUCCGGGGCCGCUGCCUCCAACAGCGGCUCCGCCAAGACGGCGACCAAGGAAGAGGAUGAUUGGAAGGAGUUUGAGCAAAAGGAAGAAAUCGAUUAUAGUGGUCUUAGAGUUCAGUCCAUGCAAAUAAGUGAAAAAGAAGAUGAUGAAAGUGAAAAAAGAGAAGAACCUGGUGAAAACUGGGAGGAGACUGGUGGUGUUGUAGACAGAUCAUCUGGUCCUUGGAACAAGUCGGCUCCUGCUCCAGCACCUGUCAUUGAACCGACUGUUACAGAAGCCCCUGAACCAGUCCAGACGGGGGGGGUGUACCGGCCGCCUGGCGCCAGGGAGGGCGGCAGGCCACGGAGGGCACAGCAAGGACCACCAGAGAUCUAUAGUGACACGCAGUUCCCCUCACUGCAGUCCACUGCCAAGCUUGUGGACAGCCGAAAGGAUAAAGAAAUGGAGAAGAGCUUUGAAGUAGUAAAACACAAAACUAGAGGUAGGGAUGAGGUCUCAAAAAACCAAGCACUUAAACUUCAGCUAGACAACCAGUAUGCUGUGCUUGGAGAUCAGUAGAGCUGCAUACACAUUACAAUUAAGGAAUGCUUUUUUGGUAACCCUUCUACUAAGGUAACUAAACUACAGCUAACGGCUAUGAUGAACAUGCCACCUUAUUUCUGCUGGAUCUACUGCAGCAAGUGCAGACUGCUUGACGUAAGUGAUUGGUUCUGCUGCACUAUGGAAGCAUACUAUGUUACAACUUCUCCAUUGGAUAUGGGGCAGAUUAAUAUCAAUGAUUGAACAAGAGUCAUCAGUGUUCUUUAGUUGCUCAGAAAGAUACCUACAGCCAGUGGUCAUUUCAAAAUCUUUUUAUGUUCAGAUACUGAGCCUUCGUAAAGGUUGACUACCUCAGACUUGCUGCACUCAUUGUGGACACCAUGUGGAUCACAACUUCUGGAAGAGAAGGUUACAGCUGUUUUAGUGGCCAUCUGAAACUUGAAACCAGCUCUACUGGAUUCCUGUCAGAAAUCCUGCAGAAGUCAGCCAUUUGGUUCCAAUUUGCUAUAACAAAGAUUUAAGUGACCUUAAUGACAAACCUAUUCCGUUCCCCUUCUGAGGAAUCCUGUCAUGUGUAGCCGUAGCCUACUAGAGACUCCUGGAGCGUACCAUACCACUCAUACUAUCCAAGUAUAACAGAGCUGUAGUUUGUUUACCUUUUUAGAUAGCUGUGCUGAAGUAACUGCAAAACAAAUUGAAACUCAUUCAGUAUCAGAUUUGAGGAAUUAUGGGUUUGAAUGAUCUGUUUGCAUUAGCCAUUUUCACAGUUGUCUGUUUAAGCAUUUUUUUAAAUUGUGUUCUCCACAAAAAAAAAAAUGCCUGCCUUGUUUCUGGUAUCAAAUUGCAGCAUAUUUAAAUAAUGAUGAGAUGUUGUAGUGAAAUAGGGUCUCUCCUGGUUUUUUGUCAUAGGGUUUGUCUUUCUCACCCUAAAGCACUAAGACUUAAGAGUUCUGAUUUGACACAGAGGUAUCCAGACUCCAACGACAGUCUUGUUGAAUUUAUCUUCUAAAAAUGAGAUACAUGGCAGUAGCGACACUAGAUAAAUUAUCCUCUAUUAAAAAUAGUAAUUGUUGAAGGGUAAUGGUUAAAUGAUAACCAAAAUAACUUUGUAUGCAGAGGGAUAACUAAAGCUGGUAAGCCUUAUUUGGCUACUUCUGUGAAGAAUGCAGGCUUUUUGAAGCAGAAAUCCUCUAAGUAAAGCUCAUAAAUGGUGUUUAUUCAAAGUCAGGAAGUUUAGUAUUAAUGGAAGGCAGUGACUUCUAAGUUGUUGUCAUCUCUGACUUCGUUUAGUGGAAGCAGGCAAAAUAGCCCUGGUACACUAAUAUAGGGCAUUGCCCUUAAGUCUGAUUUGAUGAACAAAAGCUGUCAAGUACCAAAAGUGUCCUGCUGUAACUGUUUUUCUCUUCUCUGAAUUCUUAAACCAGAAGCAAAAUGAAGUACAAUAGUGGCAUGCUCCAGUGUUGAGGUUUCUCAGAGUAAAUGCCAAAAAAUAGACCCAACAUCUGUAAGAGUUGCCAAUGGCAAGAAAAAUAAGGGAACAAAACAAAGCUUGCUUAUGUGUGUGGGAGUACUGUCUUAUGUGCAGAAGAUGAAGGUAGUGCAGGAGUUGCCUAUUGGUGUACCCUUGGACUAACUGCUGACUCGCUUUAAAUCUACUUCUCUGAGGCCAAUGGGAAUUUUGCUUGUUGACUUCAGUGGGGCUGGGGUUUCACCUGGUUCUUUUGUGCAGAGUAAAACUGGCCUUGCCCUUGCAGAGUUAACUGUCUAUAAAACUUCUGCUACAAGCUGCUAUUAAAGAGAGGGCUCAAGAGACUAUUCUUAAAGUUGGAGACUUCAUUUGGAAACAAAACCCCACUGAAAGACUGAUACCAAUACCUUGGACUCUUAGCCAUGUAUCUUCCUUGAAAGUACAUUGUUGCCAGCAAAACCAUUGAUCUGUUACUAAAGAUUUAUGUGGAAUUCAUGGUAAAUGGACAUGUCCCUUGAUGUGGUAGAAGCGUGAAGUCUUAAAACACUUCCUGAUGCUCUAAAGUGAUUGUAAUCACCAGUGCAUGGGAAUCAUGUUUUAGUCUACUGUAUGAAGGGUAGAUGAGACUGUCCAUUGUACUGUCUUUAUUUGAGGUUUUGGGCAUGAAUUCUGGCAGUUCAAGAAAACCCUGUAACAGUUUCAAAUCAAAUAAAAUGGAAAUAUACAUGGAUUCUGGAGUCUAAUGAAUCUUUACCUUUAGUUCUAGCUUGUGACCAUACUGAAGAAGCACAGAACAUUUGCAUCUCAUGAGGGACAGGCUAUGGAGUGGGCAGUCAGCCUUAUGGUCAGAUGGGCUGUGUUUAAGAGCUUACAGAAGUGCAUAUUAACAUGACUUAUUUAGACACAGAAGUUUAGUUUGCUGCCUAUCAGAGUGUCUUCUUACUCUCACCAUAUAGGACUGGAUUGAGAUUGUGAAUGAAGCUUUGUUUUGCUUUUCACUUGAAAGUAGCAGUGCUAAGUUAAAGUAUGAAGAAAACAAACAAAACUUCUGGUUGAUUGCUGUCACCAGAGUCCAUCAGAUGCUGUUAACUAAAGGUUUUAUUUGGCAGGCUUUCUUAAGCAUAUCAUUCCAGGUUCUUUCUGGAGACAUUAAGGGAAAAAAAAAUCAGAAAUGCAGAAGAAUUCUGUAGUACAGAAUGUUGAACUAUUUAAAAGUGUUUCUUGUGUUAAAUAUUGCUGCCAUUAACUAUCAAAAUGCCAGUUGUCAGUAACAAUAAAUUGUCUGGCAUGCCUGAAAUUUGAAAGUCCUGUGUGGAAGCUCAGUGUGCUUUUGAGACUCUGAAGUCCAGCUUUAUCUGGUUGUUGUUGCAUUCAGUCAAGACAUGCUAAGAAUGUCCAUUUAAUUCCUUCAGAAUGCUUGUUGAAGGCUCAUUCCAUAAAUGAAGGAUUGUCAGUUGUAGACCUGAGAUUCUUGAUACCAGUCAGUAAAAGGUGGUUGCGUGCUGCUUCAGGAACUUCGUAACCUGUACUGUGGUUUUAUGAUGGGUUUGUUAUUUUGAAUUUCAGUGUUCCGCUUUACUUUCUUUUGCUUAAAAUAAAGACACAGUCAUAGUGUUACCAACAUACUGGUAGAACAUGUAAAUGUUCAGUACUUACUGGGGAAGGAACAAUUUGGAUUUGUGGUUCUCAGUGAUAUAGUCUGUAUUUAAGGAAUGCUAAAAUGCCAGAAGCUAGAUAAUUUUAAUAAAGUUGGACUUCACAAGUGCCUGCUGUAGGAA